CGCACAGAGUAUAAAAUUUACCAUCUUAACCAUUUUCGAGGGCAGUCCGUGGUGUUAAGUGCAGGCCAGCCGCCUCCAACCAUCACCCACCCGUCUCCAGAACUCUUGUAAAACAAAACUCCACCCAUUAAACAGAAUGCCCGCCUCCCUUCCCCAGCGCCCUGCAAGCCACCGUUCUACAUUCUAUCUCGUAUCUCUGUGAAUUUGACCACCCAAGUGACUCAUGUAAGUGGAAUGCUAUCACAUGUGCCCUUUUGUGACUGGCUUGUUUCGCUUAGCGGGAUGUCCUCAAGGCCCUGUUGUGGUGUCAGAAUGUCUUUCCUCUUCAAGGCUGAAUAACGUUCCAUUGUACGUGUGUCACAAUUUGCUUGCCCAUUUCUCCAUCAGUGGCCAUUGAGCUUCCUCCAUGUUUUAACUCUUGUGACUAAUGUUGUUUUCUUGAUAGCACCCAGCCUCACGGGCAUGAGGUGGUGGCCCUGUGAUUUUCAGAUGACUUUCCUGAAGGUCGGAUCUGAAGCGAGGAGGCACCGUGCUGCCUCAUGGAAGAAGAGAAGGAUGUGAUGUGAAUCGGUUCCAGAGAAGUGCGCGGAAGCCUCAGCCCCGGCGCCUCUGUCUUGCCCUCUGUGGCUAGGGAUCACUUCCGUUUGAACACCAGUCUCUUGAUGAAAUUUCAUCUUGUAGCACUGCCUGCCAUGAGUGACCAUCUUGGGAGAUUCUAGAACACAGAGCAAUGUCAGGAGAGAUGAGCCCUGUAUAGCCUUGGUUUUUAAAGGAGAGAGCAAACUCAGGGCACUGCAUUCCAAAGAAGAUUCCCAGAAUGCCCAUCAACCCUGAGAAUGCCCCAAAGAAUGUAGCCAACACGGGAGAAGGAGCUUUCCGGGGUGGAACCACACGGAAAAGCCUUGAGGAAGAGGGCUCCAGCAGAGUCACCCCGAGUGUCCAGCCUCAUCCCCAGCCCAUCAGAAACAUGAGUGUGAGCCGGACCACAGAGGACAGCUGUGAGCUGGACCUGGUGUAUGUCACAGAGAGGAUCAUCGCCGUCUCCUUCCCCAGCACAGCCAACGAGGAGAACUUCCGGAGCAACCUCCGAGAGGUGGCCCAGAUGCUCAAGUCCAAACAUGGAGGCAGCUACCUGCUUUUCAAUCUCUCUGAGCGGAGGCCUGACAUCACAAAGCUCCACACCAAGGUACUGGAAUUUGGCUGGCCUGACCUUCACACCCCAGCCCUGGAGAAGAUCUGCAGCGUCUGCAAGGCCAUGGACACUUGGCUCAAUGCAGACCCUCACAACGUCGUUGUUCUACACAAUAAGGGAAACCGAGGCAGGAUAGGCGUUGUCAUAGCAGCUUACAUGCACUACAGCAACAUUUCUGCCAGCGCUGACCAGGCCCUGGACCGGUUUGCAAUGAAACGAUUCUAUGAGGAUAAGAUUGUGCCCAUUGGUCAGCCGUCUCAGAGAAGGUAUGUGCACUACUUCAGUGGUCUGCUCUCUGGCUCCAUCAAAAUGAACAACAAGCCCUUGUUUCUGCACCAUGUGAUUAUGCACGGCAUCCCCAACUUCGAGUCUAAAGGAGGGUGUCGGCCGUUUCUCCGGAUCUACCAGGCCAUGCAGCCUGUCUACACAUCUGGCAUCUACAACGUCCAAGGAGACAGCCAGACCAGCAUCUGCAUCACCAUCGAGCCAGGCCUGCUCUUGAAGGGAGACAUCUUGCUGAAGUGCUACCACAAGAAGUUUCGGAGCCCAGCCCGAGAUGUCAUCUUCCGUGUGCAGUUCCACACCUGUGCCAUCCAUGACCUAGGGGUUGUUUUUGGGAAGGAAGACCUUGAUGAUGCCUUUAAAGAUGAUCGAUUUCCAGAAUAUGGCAAAGUGGAAUUUGUAUUUUCUUAUGGACCAGAGAAAAUUCAAGGCAUGGAACACCUGGAGAACGGGCCGAGUGUGUCCGUGGACUAUAACACCUCGGACCCCCUCAUCCGCUGGGAUUCCUAUGACAACUUCAAUGGCCCCCGAGAGGACGGCAUGGAGGAGGUGGUGGGACACACUCAGGGGCCUCUGGACGGGAGCCUGUAUGCCAAGGUGAAGAAGAAAGACUCCCUGCACGGCAGUACUGGGGCCGUCAAUGCCACGCGUCCUGUCCUGUCGGCCACCCCCAACCACGUAGAGCACACCCUCUCCGUGAGCAGUGACUCCGGCAACUCCACAGCCUCCACCAAGACAGACAAGACCGAUGAGCCUGCCCCCGGCCCCUCCAGUGCCCCUGCUGCCCUGAGUCCCGAGGAGAAGCGGGAGCUGGACCGUCUGCUCAGUGGCUUUGGCGUAGAGAGAGAGAAGCAAGGCGCCAUGUACCAUCCCCAACAUCUCCGGUCCCGCCCAGCGGGGGGCCCUGCCGUGCCCUCCCCCGGCCGCCAUGUCGUCCCGGCCCAGGUUCACGUCAACGGUGGGGCCUUGGCAUCUGAGCGGGAGACGGACAUCCUGGAUGAUGAGCUGCCCAACCAGGAUGGGCACAGCGUGGGCAGCAUGGGUACACUGUCCUCCCUGGAUGGGGUCACCAACACCAGCGAGGGGGGCUACCCAGAGACCCUGUCCUCACUGACCAACGGUCUGGACAAGCCCUAUCCCGUGGAACCUAUGGUCAAUGGUGGGGGCUAUGCCUAUGAGUCUGCCACCCGGGCGCUGCCUGCCCGUGCUGGCCACACGGUGCCCAUGCGGCCUUCCUAUUCCGCACAGGAGGGUUUAGCUGGUUACCAGCGGGAAGGGCCCCACCCAGCCUGGCUGCAGCCAACGACCACCUCCCACUAUGGCCAUGACCCCAGCGGUAUGUUCCGCUCUCAGUCCUUUCCGGAAGCAGAGCCCCAGUUGCCCCAGGCUCCAGCCCGCGGGGGCAGCAGCCGGGAGGCUGUGCAGAGGGGCCUGAAUUCCUGGCAGCAGCAGCAGCAGCAGCAGCAGCAGCAGCAGCAGCAGCCGCAGCCUCGCCCACCUCCUCGCCAGCAAGAGAGAGCCCACUUGGAGAGUCUCGGGCCCAGCAGGCCCAGCCCCCAGCCACUGGCAGAGACCCCCGUCCCUGGCCUCCCUGAGUUCCCAAGGGCCGCCUCCCAGCAGGAGAUCGAACAGUCCAUCGAAACGCUCAACAUGCUCAUGCUGGAUUUGGAGCCGGCCACAGCUGGUGUCCCCCUUCACAAGUCCCAGAGUGUCCCGGGGGCCUGGCCAGGGGCUUCCCCGCUGUCCUCCCAGCCUCUCUCCAGCUCCUCCUGCCAGCCCCAUCCACUGACCCAGUCCAGAUCUGGCUACAUCCCCAGUGGGCAUUCCUUGGGAACCUCUGAGCCGGCUCCACGGGCCUCCCUGGAGUCCUUCCCUCCUGGCAGGGCUUACUCACCUUAUGAUUAUCAGCCAUGUCCAGGCGGGCCCAACCAGAGUUUCCGUCCAAAGAGCCCAGCCUCCUCGUCUUCCUCGUCUGCCUUCCUUCCGACUACCCAUAGCCCUCCGGGGCCUCAGCAGCCCCCAGCCUCUCUCCCUGGCCUCACUGCUCAGCCUCAGCUCCCACCAAAGGAGGCGACUUCAGACCCCUCCCGCACUCCAGAGGAGGAGCCGCUGAACUUGGAGGGGCUGGUGGCCCACCGGGUAGCAGGGGUGCAGGCUCGGGAGAAGCAGCCUGCAGAGCCCCCAGCCCCUCUCCGGAGGCGGGCAGCCAGCGAUGGACAGUACGAGAACCAAUCUCCAGAGCCCACGUCUCCACGUAGCCCUGGGGUCCGUUCCCCUGUCCAGUGCGUCUCCCCUGAGCUGGCUCUCACCAUCGCCCUCAAUCCUGGAGGGCGGCCCAAAGAGCCCCACCUGCACAGCUACAAGGAGGCCUUUGAGGAGAUUGAGGGAGCUUCCCCAACCAGCCCUCCGCCCAGUGGGGUGCGCUCCCCUCCAGGUCUGGCCAAGACCCCCCUGUCUGCCCUUGGCCUGAAACCCCACAACCCAGCAGACAUUCUGCUGCAUCCUACUGGUGAGCCCCGGAGCUACGUGGAGUCGGUGGUGCGGACGGCAGUGGCUGGGCCUCGAACUCAGGACCCCGAGCCCAAGAGCUUUAGCGCCCCACCUGCCCAGGCCUAUAGCCAAGAGAUGCCCCUGAGGAACGGGACCCUGGGAGGCUCCUUUGUCUCCCCCAGCCCCCUCUCCACCAGCAGCCCCAUCCUCAGUGCUGACAGCACUUCGGUGGGGAGUUUCCCAUCAGGGGAAAGCAGCGACCACGGCCCCCGGACACCUACGCAGCCUUUGCUGGAUUCGGGCUUCCGUUCCGGCAGCCUGGGACAGCCUAGCCCUUCGGCUCAGAGAAGCUACCAGAGCUCUUCUCCCCUCCCGACCGUGGGCAGCAGCUACAGCAGCCCCGACUACUCACUACAGCAGUUCAGCUCCCCAGACAGCCAAGCGCGGGCUCAGUUCACUGUGGCCGGCGUCCACACGGUUCCUGGGAGCCCUCAGGCGCGCCACAGGACAGUGGGCACCAACACCCCCCCCAGCCCUGGCUUCGGCCGCCGGGCCAUCAACCCCAGCAUGGCCGCCCCCAGUAGCCCCAGUUUGAGCCACCGCCAGGUGAUGGGUCCCGCGGGAACUGGUUACCAUGGCAGCGCGGUCUCCAGCCCCCAGAGCAGCGCAGCGACCACUCCGGGAAGCCCCAGCCUGGGCCGGCACCCUGGGGCCCACCAGGUUUCAGGCCUCCAUGGCAGUGUGGCCACCACCCCGGGAAGCCCCAGCCUGGGCCGGCACCCGGGAGGGCCCGGAUCCGUGAUUCCCGGCAGCCCCAGCUUGGACCGGCACGCGGCCUACGGGGGCUAUUCCACCCCCGAGGACCGGAGACCCACACUGUCCCGCCAGAGCAGCGCCUCUGGUUACCAGGCUCCCUCAACUCCCUCCUUCCCCGUAUCCCCUGCCUACUACCCGGGCCUCAGCAGCCCCGUCACCUCCCCGUCGCCGGACUCGGCAGCCUUCCGGCAAGGGAGCCCGACGCCAGCCCUGCCCGAGAAGCGAAGGAUGUCUGUGGGAGACCGGGCGGGCAGCCUCCCCAACUACGCCACCGUCAACGGGAAAGUGUCCUCCUCACCCGUGGCCAGCGGCAUGUCCAGUCCCAGUGGGGGCAGCACCGUCUCCUUCUCCCACACGCUGCCCGACUUCUCCAAGUACUCCAUGCCAGACAACAGCCCUGAGACCCGGGCUAAAGUGAAGUUCGUCCAGGACACUUCCAAGUAUUGGUACAAGCCGGAGAUCUCCAGGGAGCAGGCCAUCGCUCUUCUUAAGGACCAGGAGCCAGGGGCCUUCAUCAUCCGGGACAGCCACUCCUUCCGAGGGGCCUACGGCUUGGCCAUGAAGGUGUCGUCGCCUCCUCCGACCAUCGUGCAGCAGAAUAAGAAAGGGGACAUGACCCACGAGCUGGUGAGACAUUUCCUGAUAGAGACCGGCCCCAGAGGAGUCAAGCUCAAGGGCUGCCCCAACGAGCCAAACUUCGGGUCUCUCUCUGCCCUGGUCUACCAGCAUUCCAUCAUCCCCCUGGCUCUACCCUGCAAGCUGGUCAUUCCAAACCGAGACCCCACAGAUGAAUCGAAAGAUAGCUCGGGCCCUGCCAACUCAACCACUGACUUGCUGAAGCAAGGGGCAGCCUGCAACGUGCUCUUCGUCAACUCUGUGGACAUGGAGUCACUCACUGGGCCACAGGCCAUCUCCAAAGCCACUUCUGAGACUCUGGCUGCUGACCCCACACCAGCUGCCACCAUCGUUCACUUCAAAGUUUCUGCCCAGGGAAUCACACUGACUGACAACCAGAGAAAGCUCUUCUUCAGACGACACUACCCCCUCAACACUGUCACCUUCUGUGACCUGGAUCCGCAGGAGAGAAAGUGGAUGAAGACAGAAGGAGGUGCCCCUGCUAAGCUCUUUGGCUUCGUGGCUCGGAAGCAGGGCAGCACCACCGAUAACGCCUGCCACCUCUUAGCUGAGCUUGACCCCAACCAGCCCGCCUCCGCCAUUGUCAACUUCGUCUCCAAGGUCAUGCUGAGUGCCGGCCAGAAGAGAUGAGCACCAGCGCUCGCCCGGGGCCGUGGCAUGGGGACGGGGCAUGUGGGGAGGGGACUCAUGAAUCCUGACCACCCUUGAAUCCAGAAGGAGGACUUUGGGCCAAUUUUCGAGAAGGAGAGAAGAAAGUGCAACGUGGGGAGGGGGAAGUGAAUUGCAGAGGGGAAGGGGUGAGGGAGAGAGCUAGAGAAAGAAAAAGAUGGAGGAGAAUAACUUGGAUUCCCCUGGGUGGAUGGGUACCGCGGAGCCCCCAAAGACUCUACCACUAACCAGGUCCCCCUCCCCCCUUCCCCCUUCCAAGAGGCUGGGGCUCCUCAGAAAACACAGACCAACUCCUUGGGGAUCUAUAUUUUGGGAGUAAAUGGAAAAGCUCUGUCUCCCUAACCCAACUGCUUUGCAAGGAGAAAUCAGAUGGAGAGAAUCCUUUUCUGGCCGCCUCUGGGGUAGAUUGGCAAACCAAAAAGAGCAAGCACGGGGCAUCAAGUGGAAGAACUUUUGCCUUUGAGAGUACCUUAGACCUGAGGUCCCUAAGGUCUCUGGACUCUGCCUCCGAUGUAUAGUCUGUGUGGGUGUCUAUACGGGGUAUAUACUAUGUCCACACCCACAGCUUCACAUACUGAUUUCCAUGUGCCUCUCAGCCACAGUUACAAACACAUGCACUUGUGCGUGCUCCGUGUAUCUGCACACACAUGUGUAUACUGUCCAAAGAAGGUGUGAGUUGGGGGCGACAGGGCAACAAGAGUACCCAAGAUUAUGGGGUAGCAGACUCUCUCUUGGUCCCCGCACUUGCUUUUUUAGUGGCUCUGGGUGCUGUCAGCACCUUCUCAGCAAAGAGUGCCACAGGAGUGGGGCUCGCUGCCCUCCAGCCUUAGCCCUGAUCUGCCCCCACAGGGAGUCUGGAGCCUUGGUUCAGGAGGUGUAGAUGCAUGUGUGCAUUGUCUUGGGGAAGAGACCCCUCAAGAGGAGUGCUGGUUGAGCUCUGGGCAUCUUCUCGGAGGCGUAUGGCCCAGCAGCAGGUAUGGGCAGGUCGCUGCUGCCAGCUCUGAGCCCUCAGCCCAUUCUUGGGUUUUGUGCCUCAGACCGGCCUUUCUUCAGAUUUCUUUAUCAGCUUGAUGCCUUUUUGGGUGUUGGGGAUCGAGCCUUCCUGCCCCGGUCUGUCCCUCAGGGUCUCUAUGUUGGAGCUUGUCCUGGGGAACCUGCUCAGUGGGGCCCAAGGGAGACACCUGAUGGCCUUUUGCCCCCCUCUCCGGGUGUGUCUGGGUCUUAACUGUUACUGGGCUGCCCCGGGUAUCCUUGGCAGAGCUUGUGGGGCUACUUCCUGUGCACCUACCUGGCCCGCCCACAGCGCCAAAGCUUGCUGCCCCCCACUCCUGCCAAGGCUACCCCGGCACAGCCAAGCUGCCCAUGAAACAGACGGGAGGGGUGAGGGCAUGCACUUAGGUUGGAGGGCCGAGAGUCCAUCCGGGCAAUUGGGAACUCCCCAGACCACCACCAAGCACUCUAAGCCAGAGUAGAAAAUUUACCAGGACUCCAUUGUUGAAUGGCUUCUUAAGCCGACAAGGUCUCUAUUGAGAGGCAUUGUACUGAUAUAUAAAUAUAUAUAAUAUAUAUGUGAGACAUACUGACAGAAUCUGUAAGCUAAUAAAAUAUAAGAAAAGGUUAAAAAAAAAAAGAAUAGGUAAAUCGACAAGAAGUAUUUAUUGUUUUCCCAUAUUGCUUUAUUGCCUUCCCAGGCAUAAACCAGUUCCCAUCCCUUUUUUUGUGUAUAAGUGAGGUCUGAAGUGCAGGGGGCCUUUAUCCUUGGAGCCAUCAGGGGUCUCUUGACCUUGGCCUUCCCUAGAUUCUGUGUGGGGCUCAGUGAAGAGGGGGUGCAUAUUUCCAUUCCCUGGGCCCCCUUAUUUUCUGGCAAGUCCGGGGCACAGCGGUCGGCUACCGGAGAUGAGGGGAGCCGCCCCUCGCUGUGGGCCUGAGCAAGUGUAUGAGCCUGUGGGGGACAAGGGUGUGUGGCAGAUGUGGGUGACGUGUGUGUCUUUUGCAUUUUUUCUCCUCCAAGAAGCUGUAUCUGUGUGGACGUUCUGUUUCAGGGAGUUGGUGUCUGAAGGUAGGGAGCAGGGCCUCGCUUCCUAAAGAUUGCGGCCUUGUACUUGGUGACCAAGCUUCCUCCAAAGUGCUCUUCCUUCUGAGGCAUUCAAGCCAGAUGCCCAGAUUUCCCCCGUCCUCAUUCCCGACAUACCCCAGCUCUCUUCCCAGAUAGGAGACAGUCCCUGCCCACUUCCUUUGUAAAUAUCCUGAUGUCCUGCAGGCCCUGGCCAUGGGACUCUCCCCGCCUGGCCUGGGUGUCCUCUCUCCACGUGAGGCCAGGUGGGGUGGCAGACCCUUCGGCGGCCAGCCCUGGGCCGUCACGCGUGCUUGCCCACUGCCCACCGGCAGCCCCCACCUCCCAGGCAUGGCCAGCCUGCCCCACUCAGGCCUGAGCCUAGGGUGACCCCGGGAAGGACCGGGCACCCUGGGAAGCUGAUCUGCUCACCCCUUCGCAUCCCUCUGGAAGGAGUGGGUUUCCAGAAGAAUGAGAAGGAAGGGUACCCCAGUCUCCAAGGGGCCCUACCUUUGGGUCAGACACUGGUUGGGAGGACACUGUGGCACUCCCGUGUCUCACAGGUUAGGUCUCUGCACCCCACGUGCACAUGCGCGUGCACACACACACACACACACACCACAGCACUGCAGUAUAUUCUUGCCAAAGAUUUCCUUUAAGAGAAAGCACUUUUAAGAAUUAUUGUUAUUGUGUAAAUGUCUAUCCUUUUCUCUCCUCCUUUCCCCUCAACCCUUUUUGCUGUUGUUGUUGAGUCUGUCUGUCAGCCAGAACGCUGUCUGGUCUUAAAAAUAGGCUGGCAGGGCAAGGGUCUGGGGGGAGUUGGCAAGGAUGGACGGGAGAGGUGGCGAAACAGGGACAGAGAGGCCAGGCGGGCUCAGGCCCCAGCGCCCUGCUCCAGCCAGGUGUCUGCGGCCGGCCGGGGGCCUGGGGGCAGGGAAUUGACAUCUGCCUGAUUCAGGGACAGAGGCCCAGGUGGCUCCCCGCCGCCCGCCCGUGGAACAGGAGGGCAGGGCAGGGCAUGGGAACAAUGGAGAGGCGACCCCAGAGGGGAAAUAGGAAGGAAGUGAGCUGUCUGGUCAACCUCCAGGGGUGCAGUCUUAGCGGCCUGGUCCCCUCAUCUAGUCAGGUGCUUGUGGGCCAGUACACUGUGUCCCGGGCUGGGGAAGGGCCUUUGGCCCUCAUCUUUGUCGGAGUCCCUCCCUAGCAACUCUGAAAACUUGUGGAUUCCUUCUUCCUUAGGUUUUGAGGAAUCCCUGGGUGUGUCAGAGACUGGCAGAGAGGGGUGGUGGGGCCUGGUGGCCGGGUGACCUGUAAGCGGCAGCAGCCAGCUGGACAAGUGUGAUCUGUGUAAAGGGGCACCGAGGAGGAGGGGGGAGGGUACUCUGAUGCGCCCUAGCCGAGGUCGGGGAGGCUCCUCCUGCCAUCUAGGGUGUGCAGAGGCGUCUGUAAGCAGAACAGGAUAUAUAGGCCCUGGGCAUUUGCCCACCGUCCCUGCCUCCUGGGUCAUCCCCCCUUCUUCAGAAUCUCUCAACUUCAGGAUUGGGGGAGGUCCAUGCCCUGUCCGAGGGCUGCCUCCUGCCCCUACAUCUCCCCAUACUCGGGGUCCUUGGGGAGGUUGGGGGCAGAGUCCCAGAGCCACUCUUCACCCAGGCCCAGGCCCCAGGAUCCUCAGACUGGAGCUCCUGGCUGGCAUAACGCGGAGCGGAUGCAUACACGUGCAUGUGCAAGUGUGGGUGUUUAUGUGUACAUAUUUUGCUGGUCUCUAGGGAACAUGGGGUUAGGGUCAAAGGUACUGAGUGAGCAAUGGGAUAUCAAGGUCAAUAUUACCCAGCUGUGAAAGGAAUCAGGAGGACCCCCAGCUGGUAGAUUCUCAGUAUUGUUGGUAAGAACUGGCUAUAUGCUGGGUGGGGCUCUGGCAGAUCUGCCCCCUCCUGACUCCCGUGUCCUCGAUGUCCAAGAGGUUGGAGGACUUGCAUGCAUUUCCCACACCUGGGCUCUUGCCAGCAGCGAGGCAACUGUACAGGGGUGUCCCGAGUUUGGUUUCUAAUCAGUGUUAAACAGUUGGAGACUCUCUUAUGUGUCCAUGUUCGGUUUGUGUGUGAGAGUGAGCACGUCUGUGCGUGCAUGCCGUGUUUCCCCAGUUUCUCUCCUCCCUCUGACAAGCCAUUCGAAACAAAUGUAAGAGAUUCCUUGCCACCACCUCCCUGCCUCCCAGGUCCUCUGCAGGAGAAACAGAGUAACCCGGCGUCCUCCCCGUCCCCUGGCUAUGUAUUUAUAUAGAUGGAAAUAUCCUUUCUAUUUUGUAUCAUCGUGCCUAUAACCUCUGCCACCUUGUAUAAACCCUGACCUCUGCUACUUGCCCUGGAUAUGAAUGUAUUGUACACCCAUGCUGGCCUGCUCCUGUACAGCUGCUUUGUUUCUUUGCAACCCAUUGUAUGGCUUUAUAAAUGAUAAAGCGAAAGAAAAAUC